AGCAAACUAAUUGUUAGAAGACGGCAAACUCAUUGAGAAAGUGACUAAAGCCGUGGCUACACUCAAGUCUUGCAGUCAUGGGUGUGGUUGGUCUUCAUCUCUUCCUCCUCUUGGCGAUGCUGCCUUUAUUUGAUGCUCAAACAAGUCCAGGAGGAAGUACUAGCACUCCAACAGCAGGAGCAACACUUCCAGAUACCAGUAGUACCACAUCUUCAACAGCAGAUGGAACCGAAUCUGACGUUCCCGACACAACCACAGGAACUGCCACCAACCCAGUCGAUGGAACACUUCCAGAUACCAGUAGUACCCCAUCUUCAACAGCAGAUGGAACCGAAUCUGACGUUCUCAACACCACCACAGCAACUGCAGCCAGCACAGAUAAUGAUUCAACAGGAAUUACCAACAGUCCAACAGCUCAUACAACAACUGUAAUAGGAGUUCCCAGCCUACAAGGAUGUGCAGGUCCACCAGCACUGUGCUGCCCUGGUCAUAACAACAGCUGUAAUCGAGGGUGUUUCUGUGACCAGAUCUGUGUGCAAUUUGGGGACUGCUGUGCUGACUACAUUUCAACCUGUCAACAAUCUUCCGGUCCAACAAACGCCAGUAGUCCUCCUCCACCAGACGCUGUGAGCACAAUGUCACCAUCCAUGCCGCCUUCUACAACAGCUACCAACCUAUUUUCAAGCGCUUACCCAUCUACACCAGCUUCCAGUCCAACAAACACCGGUAGUCCAUCUCCACCAGAUGCUGUGAGCACAAUGUCACCAUCCAUGCCGUCUUCUACAACAGCUACCAGCCAAAUUUCAAGCACUAACUCAUCUACACCAGCAUCUCAAAGAGUGAUACUUCAUUUAAGGGCCUCCUUUUUAACCCACGAGAACAACGAUGAUGUCAUUUUAGAGGCUUUUUCCAAUUAUUUAUCUCAGCUCUUGCACGAGCAGAACUGCAGAGACUGCACACUGAAUGUCCGACGCAUCCAAGUCACCUGAUAAACGGCAUUUCUUUCAUAAAGUGCAAGCACCAGAUGUACUCUGAGAACAGACUUUAUGACUAUCUGCUAAAUUAUUUGUCAAAAGUAAGUUUAAAAUUGUUAAAAUUAGAUACUACAAGAUUGUUGGACCACAAACUGAAAUAGGGAACACUUUUAGGCCAUGCAGAAUCUACAAAUGGUGAAUCAUGCACUUUAUUUAAAGAUGAAAAGCAAAAAUGUCUACCUAAUCCUUGCUGUAAUCAAGACUUUUUAGUUAAUUCUGCAUUUAUCAAUCAUGUAAUAGAAAUCUUAAUGUUUUAAUUCAAGUUCCAAUCUUUGCUGCUACAACAAAUAUGCCGAAUGAUUAAUUGCUGCUUUCAGUCUUUUAAGUUGUUGUUCAAGUAUAGCUACAUGUAUAAUCAAGUAAGCAGUGAAUCAAGGAAAUAAAAAUCUGUCUUUAACAUUG